GCCUCUGUUUUGGGGAUGGGAAACCGGUGGUUGAGUGGUGACCUCCCCAUUCUAUCUUCACCUCCAUUCCCUUCUUUUAUUUCUAAUGUUAUCCUCCCACCUCCGCCACCCGAGGGCCUUAUUUUUGGUUUAAGGCAGAUGGGGUUUGGCUUCAUGGUGGCGUCGAAGAGGUGGGCUUUUCCCAUCCAAUCUCCUCUCGCCACCAAUCCAUGCGCCCGGCUUCUUGACCACCACCACCCUCCCCCAUCUUUUUUCAGAGUCAGAGAGGUUUCCUUUGAACUGGGAAAGGUAUCAUCCCAACGUCUUUUUACAGAGAGAGUUGAACUACUGCAUAGAGAUACUUUAAAAGCGUAUGUAUGCUCAUUUGAAGCACCACAAAGCAUCGAGAAUAUGUCCGCUGAUGCAUGCAAGGUAAACAUCGAUAAGAAGUUACUCAAAGAAAAUAGACCCAUUAACAUGAUAGAGGAGGAUUCAUCUUCUUAUAAUGCAAGGCUAAAAGCAAGCAGCUCCUUGCAGUAUAGCUUAUUAAUGGAAAACCUUGAGAGGAUAGAAGAUGUCUUUGCUGGAACAGAUUUGGUAAGGCUGCAGAGAGAUAUACUGGUACAUAUACGAAGGCUUGGAGCUCUGAAAUUAUUUCAUGCAUGUCUCUCUAGGACACUUAUGGCACCAACUGCAGAUAAUUCAAAUUCCCUACAUAGUAAGCAUUCUGGAGGCUGCUCCUUAGAGUUCCCUUUGGGUGAGCAAAAGCAUAAUAUAAUUGUCCAUUCUGGGAAGAAAAAAGAGAGGAAAUUAAGAAGAAGAAGAAGAGCCUUGGAAAGAGCUUCUGAGAUGUCUGCUCUGUCAGAUUCCUCCAAAAAAAAUUGCAAAAUGUUUUCACUUCCAACUGGUUUAGGCAAGUUGAACAAUUCUUCAGAAUCAAGAAAAAGAAGGGUCCUAAUAGCUAGAAAUGAAUCAGAAAUGUCAAGGGGAGUUAAGGAAGUUGCAAACCUCGAAAGAACCCGCAUAAAACUGGAAGAGGAAAUUGGGCAACCAGCCAGUUACGCCAGGUGGGCAGAAGCAGCUGGGAUUGAUCAGAAGACCCUGUAUCAGCGUUUGCAGUUUGGUUGGUACUGUAGGGAUAAACUCAUAAAAAGUACCCGCUCCUUAGUCAUGUUUGUCGCAAGGAAAUAUAGGGGAAUGGGAAUUGCCUUUGAUGAUCUACUUCAGGCAGGCAAUGUGGGUGUCCUUAAUGGUGCAGAGAGGUUUGACAACAAGAGGGGAUACAAGUUCUCAACCUAUGUUCAAUACUGGAUUAGGAAAUCAAUGUUGGCAGUAAUAGCAAGACAUUCUAAAGGGAUCCAGAUACCUGUGAGAAUGGAAAAAGUUAUUAAGCGAAUCCAGGAAGCUAGAAGAGACUUGUCUAACAGAGAAGGAAGAUACCCACGAGAUGAAGAGACAGCAGAGUUCACUGGUUUAUCAUUAGAUAAAGUUAGAUUAGCUAACAAAUGCUCUAGGACUGUAGGUUCAAUUGAGCAGGGAAUUGGAGAUGGAUGGUGUACAAAAAUCAUGGAAAUAACUCCAGAUACAUCACUUAAAGCUCCUAGUGAGAUUGUCAUGGGGCAGCAUAUGAGGGAGGACAUUUUUGAGGUUCUUAAACCCCUGCAUCCCAGAGAGAGGCAGGUACUGGUACUGAGAUAUGGUUUGGACGAUGGCAGAUGCAAAUCACUGGAGGACAUUGGAAGGCUUUUCCAUGUAACUAAGGAAUGGAUAAGAAAAAUAGAGAAGGCAGCUUUUUCAAAGAUAAGAAGGGAGGAGAUACAGAGAGAACUGAAACACUACCUAUACUUGUAGUCCUCCCAAAAAACCAGCCUUUCAAAUGUUCUUGGUCAAUGUUUGUACUGUUUGUUGUCAUCGGCUUCUACGCUUAGUGCUGCACUGAGGCUAUAAUACUUGGCAUAUACUGGUCUCCACAGAUCACACUUGAAGGAGGGGAUUUGGAAAGGGAGAGGGGGAUGGUUAUGUAUAGCAGUGGUCUUAUUAUUCUUUGGGUUUGUAUGUUUCAGAUAAUUUACUGAAAGAAUGGUCUAGCUAUAUUGAUCGUUUGCUUUUCUCGGGACACAUCCUACUGUUACGUGCACAGAAAUCGCAAGAGGAAAGUGUAGUUCCUUUGUGGCUAUGAUGCACUUUGUCCAUUCUCUAUACCAUUUGUUGUUGGAAUGUCAUAUGUAUGACCUAGUUGACAGAUUCUCCAACUAUUAAUAAAAUCUUUUGAUAGAUGAAUGGAUGAUUGAUACCUCUUUCUAGCUA